UAGUGUAUGUUGUUGUUAACCACGCUUUCAUUAAUUGCUGCCAAACAAGGGUUGGGUAUUGAAGUGAGUUGUGGCUGUAGCGUAAUUUAGGUUUUUCUUUGUUUUGGUGUUCUUUCCACUUUGGUACAAUCAGAUUUGUGACUUAGUGCAAGUAGCAGUCAGGGUCUGACUCUGCUAGCCGAUGGCUAAUGCUCAGAAUGUGUCCAGACAGGGACAUUCUACUGGUACAAUUCUGUCAAACAGAUCAGAAAACAUUACGGUGAUAACUCCCUAUGAAGAACGUAGAGCCCAAACGAGGAAGUCUGCGUCGAUGUUUAUGCGGGAACCAACUUCAAAAAGAUGGAUGCAUCGCACAACCAUCAAUUUUAAUUUAGAAUCACCAGAUCCAGAUGCAAGCACAUUCUACAAAACGUCCUCAAAAUCGGCUUUUGCAGGUUCAAAAACUCUACCAGCAGGAAUGAGGUCAGGUCGAUGUCCAACACUUCACGCUUCUCAUUUUGAUAUCAAUAUGAGCGACAAAAGGUACUUCGGUACUUUCUACAAGAAAUCUUUUUCGGACAAACUUGUUGAACAUCCAUCAUCUUUAAGGUAUCCUGCACUCAUUAAUAGAAGUCACAGCCUGGUUGGAAGUGAUAUGCAAGCAGUGCUGACUCGUAAAGGAAAUAAACUGAAUUAUUGGAGUUCUUAUGCUGAAACUCACUCUAGGCUUGGUUUACAACGGGGAGAAGGCAUACAGAGACCUUCAAAGCCUAUGCGAAAAUAUCAUGUUCUCUCAGGAGAGGAUCUUGGUACUGAAUCCAUAAGAGAUUUGCACAGAAUUUCAGGAAAUCGAAUUUUACACAAGAGAAGGCAAGGUGCUGAGGAAGGCUUUGUUCUAGGGUGAAAGCCAUUGUUAUUAAAAGAAAAUAAUACUGCACUUGUUUUAUUCAAUAAUGAAAAGUUGCUUAACCUUAUGCUUCCUGAAGUAGGAAUGUUUUACAAAAUCACCUACUGUAAAAUAUAUUUUAUACUAUAUUACCAAUUUAUAUUUAUACUUGCAGAAUUAAUAAAAUUAUUAUAUAAAUGAUAUUGAGAAUAUUCUUUUUUUCUUCUACCGAAUGCAGCUAACAAGUGUGUCAGUCAACGUCAGCUAAGUCAAAUUCAAAUUAUUCGUCUUAGAACAAAAGUUGACUAAUGCUAAGUCCAUUUUUUUAGUUAGAAAAAUUAAUUCAUUCAUGUACAGAAAAUCGAGACAACAAUUUUUGUUUUCUAAACUCCUGGAAAUAACAUCAGGCGUUUUGGGCAAUGUCACAUAAUACAAAAUCCACCAAUCAAAUGACAAGGCUCUAUUUAAGCAUGUUAUAAACCCACUUAACUUGUGCUUCUUCAUAAUAGUACAAGUACAACUACUUCAACUAUGAUGGCAUGGCAACGUGCAAGGGACCUUAGUUGUUAUUUGCUCGGUGCUUACAUUAAGCACUUGAACUGUAGAUUGCUGAUUAUAAAACAUGGUCAAAUCCUAUUGGUGUUAAAAGCAAAUUUAUCAGUAAGCAAAUCAAAAUGUACUGUACAAGAAAAAAGUAAAUCAAACAUUGACAGAAAAAUAAACAAGUUUAUUUAUCAAAUUAGGAAAAAACCAUUAUCGGUGUUUUUGGAGAGCACCAGUAAAGCCAUAAAAAAAAUUCUUGUGUUGGCCACUUUUUGGGAAAAUCCAAGAAAUGGGUAGAUUAGUAGGAAACAGUUUUGUUUCGUUUUUUUUUUUUAUGUAUGCCUAAAAAGAAUAAAAUACACAAAAAUACAACAAAGACGAUUUUAAAAUCUAUAUGAAGAGCAAACGAUGGCAUAACACUUUCGCAUCGCCUACUCUCGCAAGAUAAGCCUAUUCCAGCCUUUUUGGCUCAUUACAAAACAUAUUUUGUUGUAGUAAAAAAAAAACCCAACCCUCAAUUUCAAACAUUUUUGGUUGGUCAGGCAUGGCCAGCACAAUCAUUUUUAAAAUUUGGCUUAACUGAAGUAAAGCAGCUUAUGCGGUUCAACAUUAGCAUCUUUGAAAUGCUUGCCGUCUCCCGGAAGUCAGUAUCGCCAUGUAAAGCAAAAUAAAUUUUGGAAACGGGUUCAUACACACCUUGGUUUACAACAAUUUCCAUAACUUUUCCAUAACUUGUCUAUGAAAUUAAUCUAAAUAUUCAAAACCGUGUGGUAGUGUGACUCCUGAUGAGAAGUCAAAGUAAUAUAUUUAAAUUUUCACAUUGUCAAAUAUUUUCAUAACUCUUGCAUUACCAAUUUUAUUUUCAAUUUUUCUCCAUUGAUUAAAUUUAUAUAGAGUAUUAGAUAACAAUUAAAAUAUUAUAAAACGUUACCUUGGGUUUACUUUCUAUAAAUACAAUACUACACUAUAUUCUUUAAAUUGAUUAUGUAAUAAUAACACUAAAAAU